AUGCAGCGUACUCCAUCCGGCUCGCUCAAAUUUAGCUUCACACGCUUCAUGCAAAAUGCGAUCCCGAAUCUCGCUCUCGCACCCCAGCAAUACGACCUCGACCCCGCCGAACAAGACGCCUUGUUCACAUACCAACUUGGGGAACCCGAUCCUUUAAAACUGUGUGAAGCAUCGUUCUUAGUCGGCGGGAUAACACGCUCGAAAUCUAUCUCCGCCCAAAUAUACCGCGCGCUUGUUAAAAAUGGGGCGUUGAAAGAAGCAGAAGCUGGAGAGGAUACCGGGGUUGGGGUUGAUACGAAAGCCAUUACGUCGAAGUUCGCGCAUCAAUUGUCGUUUAUUUCAGUACAUGCACAGAAGAAGGUUGUGAAUUUGUUGUUCUUUUGGGAGGAAGAGAUUAUGCGGUGGAGGGUUUUGAUUGCAGAGAAGGAAGAGUUGGAGACGGUUAUCAAGGAGAGUAAGGAGGCGGGUGGGGACAUUGGCGGGCUGGAGAAGAGAUUGAAGGAGCUGGAGGGGCUGUUGAGGGUUAAGCCAAGCUUGAGAGGGGAGGAGGCAAGGAAAGGGGAGGUUUUGCCCGGUCUAGUGGUCUUCUGGUGUUUUGCAGAUAGUGUUCUAGUAAUAUUUGAGAUUAUUAGUGUACCCACUUCGCUCAAAUCACAUGCUCUCGCCAAAUUUGGCGAUGGAAGGAACGAUGAUGACAGUUUCUCCUCACAUUUGGUGCGGGCGGUCAUUCUGAAAAGUACGCUUCGUGCUCCAGCCUUCGGUGUGAACGCCCCCUCUUGA